GGAAGGCCGCCAGCGCAGCGCCGGGCAUGUGGCGGGGCCGGGAGGCGCCCCCGAGGGCCGCGGCCCAUCGUCCGCCGCCCGCCAUCCAGUUCCCUGAGGAGAGCCCGGAGCCGCGCUUCGACGAGUCCGACGUGCCGGCAGAACUGCGAGUGGCCAACGGGUCGCAGAAGUUCGUGAACUUCACUUCGACCAUCCAGAACCAGCUGCUGCUGGUGUCGUUGCUGGAGCACUUGUGCCACAUGUACACACACAACCCCGUGCACUCGAGGUGCUUGUUACGAAUACUUCGACAGGCUUUUACGAAAACAGGUUUGCUCUCCCCUUUUGCCUUCUGUGAUGAAUUUAGUACUGUAAGACUGCAGCAUAACAGAGCCAUUACUGAGCUAAUGAAAGCAGCUAACCGACAAGUACUUAAUGGGGAUCUCGAUAAUGGAGAUUCUCUUGCAAUUAGGGAAAAAGAAGUUCUCUUGGAAGCACAGACUUCACGAUACUUGAAUGAAUUUGAUGAGAUUGCAAGAUUAGGAAAAGGAGGAUAUGGCCAAGUAUACAAGGUCAGAAACAAGUUAGAUGGUCAGUUCUAUGCUAUUAAAAAAAUCAGUAUUAAGAAGGCUACAAGAAGAGAUUGCAUGAAGGUGCUACGAGAAGUUAAAGUGCUGGCUGGACUGCAGCAUCCUAAUAUUGUGGGCUAUCACACUGCUUGGAUGGAACAGGUUCAAACAGCUUGCCCAAAAGAUAAGACAAUAUUGAAGUUGCAGUCGUUACCCUUGGAACAGGAGAAUGGCAAUGAUCACUGUCACAUUCAGAGUGUGGAAAGUGGUAGUUCAAUUAUUUUUGCUGACCUUACUUCACAAGAAGAAAAGUCUGGUGAUAAUACAUAUCUCAGAAAUCCAGAUAGUGAAUCGGUGCAGAAUAUGGAUGUAGGGAAUGACUUCACUAACAGCAAUAGUAAGGAAAUAUGUAUGAAACCAAAUAUAUGUGAAUUACCCAUAGAACUACAAGAAGAUUCUGUCAGUAGUGUUGACUGUAGAUCAACUGAUUUAAAAUGUGAUUCAUCAUGUGGCCCUCCCUGUAGUCUGGAACUAAAUGAUGCUGGUGCUGGAAGCAAAUCCUGCACUGAAGAGUGCUCUGGGAGUGAUGUAGCUCUCUGUGGAGAGUUUGAGAUGGAGUAUCGUUUGAUGCUUCAUAUACAGAUGCAGCUGUGCGAACUGUCCCUGUGGGACUGGAUUGCUGCCCGUAACAAACGAUGCAAUGAGAGAACAGAGGAUGCUGCUGGUCCGUACCACCUUGUGGAUGUCAGCUGGACAAUGAAAAUUUUUGAAGAGUUAUUAGAAGGAGUGUGCUAUAUCCACAGCAUGGGAGUGAUGCAUCGAGACAUUAAACCCAGAAAUAUCUUUUUGCAUGGAUCGGAUCAUCAAGUUAAAAUAGGAGACUUUGGAUUAGCCUGCAAAGACCUCCUUUGGGAUGACGCCGACCAGUGGUUUCACACGGAAAGGAUAAAUGGACUGACACAUACCUCAGGUGUGGGGACUUGCCUGUAUGCUUCACCAGAACAGCUGCAGGGCUCUGACUACGACUUCAAGUCAGACAUGUAUAGCUUGGGCGUUAUCCUGCUAGAACUCUUCCAGCCAUUUGGAACAGAAAUGGAAAGAGCAGAAGUUAUAACAAAUGUAAGGAAUGGCCAUGUUCCUCAAAACUUCUCCAAGAAAUGGCCUGUUCAAGCCAAGUACGUAAAACUUCUCACCAGUCAGGUAUCCGCAGAAAGACCAACUGCUGCUCAGCUUCGUGAAAGUGAGCUGUUCCACACCACAGAACAUGUUAUUUCUAAUCUACAGCAAAAGGUGAGAGAGCAAGAGGAAGAAAUAGAAAAACUGAAAGAGAAACUAAGACUGCUUUCCACUGGACAAGAUGACCACAUGGAACAAGGUUCUCCAGUUUAAGUACAGGAAGAACACAACUAUUGUAUAUUAAAUUAUAGAAAACUUUUUUUUUUAACAUAAAAAUUGUUCAUUGCA